UCUCAGUUCAGGGGUAGAUCACUUACCCUCACUCAAAAUUGCACAGGAUGACAUUUCAAAUUGCGUUCAAACUCAGCAGGAGCAAUGACAAUGGCAUCCUACAGGCUCACCUAUUUCAACAUGCGAGGUAGAGCAGAGCUGGCUCGGUAUAUCUUUGCCUAUGCUGGAAUAGCCUUCGAGGAUCGCAGGGUGGAGUGGAAAGACUGGCCAUCCAUUAAGAAGAGUGAGUAAUGUUUUAGAACCAGACCACUUCAACAUCAUUGACAGACAAUAGGCUACUGAGCAGUUACCUGAGCUAAUUGAGGAGCUAUAAGAAAAAUCGGUAUGUGGCUGAAUGGACUUCAUGAUCCCAACCCCUACCUACCCUGGUAUAGCCUCCCUUUCCAGUGUUGUAGGUACCCACUGGGGAGGGACAUUUGAAUCAACGUUGUUUCUACGUAAUUUGAAUGUUGAAUCAACGUGGGAAACUGAUUGGAUUUGCAAAAAGUCACCAACGUAAGGGAAUUUCGUCUUUUCACCCAACAUUUAACCUAAAUGCAAUAACAUAGUAAAAUGUUUGUUGAAUUCACGUUAGUUUACAAGUCAACCAUAGGAAAUCAAAACUAAACGUUGAACUGAUUGAUGUCUGUGCCCAGCGGGACUCGGUCUCGAGAUUGAGUGUCUCGGUGCGGUGUCGGAUACAUUUUUACAAGGUCAGUAAAUACGUUUCCAUCCAGUUCAUGAGUGAAGUCAUACCGUAUAUAAAAAAACAAGACAGCAGUGAUGGAAACAGGAAGUUUCGCUACAAUUGUAUAAAUGCCUACAGAUAAUUUGUUCAUUCGACAUGGUGGGAUCUUUUUGUGUCGGUAAAAUGUAUAAUGCGAGAAACUGCAUCAUAUCUAAGCAAACGAUAUAUGGUGUGUGGUCCUCCCACUACGACUCGGGAACCGAUGCAGUUUAUUAGGCUACAGAUUAAGUAAAUUAUGAUGAAUUUCACAGGGUGUUGAAAGUGCAUGCUAUGACCUUGAUGCUCCUUUCCAAUAAAUAUCGAGGGUUUUAUCUUAUUCUGGUGACAUGAUGGUCGAUGCUUGACUGCCGUGUGACAAAUACAAAUAUUCUCGCUCUUAUCCGUAAUAAUCUCAUCAUGUGGACUAGCCUUCCUGUACUGUAUCUGCGAGCUGUUGGCUAGAGCGCAUGUGCCAAGACUAGAGGAGGCACGUUUGCUAUUUAACGCAACAUAUAUUUUUUUUACAAAACUAUCGGUAGAGUUGAAAAUGCGAUGGAAACACAUUUAACUUUAGAUUUGUAUUCGGUACAAAUCAGUUUGGUGGAAACACACCACUGGAGGGAAAAUGUGCAUAUUUUCUUUAUGCUGAUUUUAGAAUAUUCAUAUGAAAAUCUGUCGCCAAUUGGAUGGAAACCUAGAUACUGAGGAGUCCAGUAAAAAAAAAACUCAAUUAUCAGCUCCCAUUCAGUGAGUGCAUAAAACCGUUAGCCAGUCAAAAUAUCCUCACUCCUCCCCUUACGAAAAAAGAUUGCAGUCAGAAUGCAGUAUAACUGCAGGAUGCGGCAAAUACUGCAUCCAAAAUAACCGUUUUUCUUUACUGCCAUAAUUUUGCAGUGCAACUACAGUUAGAACGCAGUAUAGCUGCAGUUCAACUGCAGUUACUGCACUUUUACUGCAGUUUCAAAACUGCAAUCUUUUUUUUGUAAGGGUUUUAUGACACAUUCAUAUCUUAUUGCCUAUUGAAACCUGGAUUUCCUACUUUACUCAUAACAUUACUGCACUUGUCAGAAUUUCCUUGAUUUGCUGGUAGGGAAGAGUGGGGGAAAUUGUUUGAAAGUUGCACACUCAGUAUUAGUAAGGGGAGACCGGGGGAAGCUGUAACAUGUUUGGUCUUUUUAUCUAUUAUAGACCUGUUUGGCUCAGUGAUCAUUUGUAGAGUGACUCUCUAUUUGUCCUCAGCAUGCAUUUUUUCAACAUUCUGAAUGCCUAAAGAAUCCACAUUCUUCUGAAAUAUGAACGCAGAAAUACUGGACAUUUUGACCUCUUACAGUUGAAGUCGGAAGCUUACAUACACUUAGGUUGGCGUCAUUAAAACUCGUUUUUCAACCACUCCACACAUUUCUUGUUAACAAACUAUCGUUUUGGCAAGUCGAUUAGGACAUCUAAUUUGUGCAAGACAAGUAAUUUUUCCAACAAUUGUUUACAAACAGAUUAUUUCACUUAUAAUUCACUGGAUCACAAUUCCAGUGGGUCAGAAGUUUACAUACACUUAGUUGACUGUGCCUUUAAACAGCUUGGAAAAUUCCAGAAAAUUAUGUCAUGGCUUUAGAAGCUUCUGAUGGGCUGAUUGACAUAAUUUGAGUCAAUUGGAGGUGUACCUGUGGAUGUAUUUCAAGGCCUACCUUCAAACUCAGUGCCUCUUUGCUUGACAUCAUGGGAAAAUCAAAAGAAAUCAGCCAAGACCUCAGAAAAAAAAUGGUAGACCUCCACAAGUCUGGUUCAUCCUUGGGAGCAAUUUCCAAAUGCCUGAAGGUAUCACGUUCAUCUGUACAAACAAUAGUAUGCAAGUAUAAACACCAUGGGACCACGCAGCCGUCAUACUGCUCAGGAAGGAGACACAUUCUGUUUCCUAGAGAUUAACGUACUUUGGUGCGAAAAGUGCAAAUCAAUCCCAGAACAACAGCAAAGGACCUUGUGAAGAUGCUGGAGGAAACAGGUACAAAAGUAUCUAUAUCCACAGUAAAACGAGUCCUAUAUCGACAUAACCUGAAAGGCCACUCAGCAAGGAAGAAGCCACUGCUCCAAAACCGCCAUAAAAAAGCCAGACUAUGGUUUGCAACUGCACAUGGGGACAAAUAUCUUACUUUUUGGAGAAAUGUCCUCUGGUCCGAUGAAACAAAAAUAGAUCUGUUUGGUCAUAAUGACCAUCGCUAUGUUUGGAGGAAAAAUGGGGUUGAUUGCAAGCCGAAGAACACCAUCCCAACCGUGAAGCACGGGGGUGGCAGCAUCAUGCUGUGGGGGUGCUUUGCUGCAGGAGGGACUGGUGCACUUCACAAAAUAAAUGGCAUCAUGAGGAAGGAAAAUUAUGUGGAUAUAUUGAAGCAACAUCUCAAGACAUCAGUCAGGAAGUUAAAGCUUGGUCGCAAAUGCGUCUUCCAAAUUGACAAUGACCCCAAACAUACUUCCAAAGUUGUGGCAAAAUGGCUUAAGGACAACAAAGUCAAGGUAUUGGAGUGGCCAUCACAAAGCCCUGACCUCAAUCCUAUAGAACAUUUGUGGACAGAACUGAAAAAGCUUGUGUGAGCAAGGAGGCCUACAAACCUAACUCAGUUACACCAGCUCUGUCAGGAGGAAUUGGCCAAAAUUCACCCAACUUAUUGUGGGAAGCUUGUGGAAGGCUACCCGAAAUGUUUGACCCAAGUUAAACAAUUUAAAGGCAAUGCUACCAAAUGCUAAUUGAGUGUAUGUAAACUUCUGACCCACUGGGAAUGUGAUGAAAGAAAUAAAAGCUGAAAUAAAUCUCUACUAUUAUUCUGACAUUUCACAUUCUUAAAAUAAAGUGGUGAUCCUAACUGACCUAAGACAGGGAAUUUUUACUAGGAUUAAAUGUCAGGAUUUGUGAAAAACUGAGUUUAAAUGUUUUUGUAUGUAAACUUCCGACUUCAACUGUAUUAUGGUGGCGAUUUGACAAAAUUACAAUCAUGGUCUUGAAUUGUACUCUCAUUUUUCUGGUCUCUGUCUUGACUCAGUCUCGGACCCCUUGCCCCCCUCCCGGUCUUGGUUUUGACUCAGAUUCGAUUUGGUCUUGAAUCGGUCUCGAACACAACACUGAUAUUUUCUAUCCUAUGUUUAGAAGUGUUGAUGAUGAACAACAACAUACUUAUUAACACUCUCUCAGCCUUUCCUUUAGGAAAGCUCCCGGUGCUAGAGGUGAAUGGGCUCCUUCUAACCCAGAGUCUGGCCAUUGCACGGUUCCUGGCAAAGGAAGCAGGUAAUAAUAAUAAUAAUAAUGUAGACUAAUACAUUUAAAUUGUAAAGUGCUUUUCAUUACAGUGUUUCCUCAAAACUCUACAUAGGCAAAAAUAAUUAUUAUCAAAUACAAUAAAAACAUACAUUUUGAAUCAAGAAGGAAAUAGCAAUAGUAGGCUAGGUGCUAAAAGGAUCAGGACUAUAAGAAAGACAGUCUGUAGAAAUGCGUUUUAAGGCCCGUUUUAAAAGUUCAGAUGGAUGCAGUGGUUCUCAGAUGGUCAGGGAGAGACUAGGGGCAAGGGAGCAGAAGGCUCGGUCCUCCAUAGACUAGGGGCAAGGGAGCAGAAGGCUCGGUCCUCCAUAGUACGAAGACAUGUCUUGGGGACUUGAAGCAGUAGAGUGUGGCUGAAGUGGAGAGUGUGAGGUGGCUCACUGAUAGAAAUGAGGUUGCUGAUGUAGGUGGGACUCAAUACAUUCACGGCUUUAAAUACAAAGGGAAGGAUUUUAAAGUCAACACUAUAUUUGAACGGUAGCCCGCUACUGUAUACUAGUGAUGACUAGUAUUACCCAGCAUGCACAGCUCAGAUCUUAAAGGCACCCUACUGCACAUUUUUAUCUCAAUAUCAAAUCAUUUCUGGUUAACAAUUGAGUACCUUACUGCAAUUGUUUUCAAUCAAAAUGGUUAAAAAAAAUUUUUUUAUAUUAUCAAGAGCAAUUUCUCAAGGAACAUUUUUGCUAGGACUGUCAGAGAGGUUUGGAACUCUUUCUUAUUGGUCUAUUAAAUAAUUUACCACCUGGUGAUGUCACCAGGCAGGCCAAACCUCCAUCCCACCAAAACAGGCUGAAAUUUCAGGCGAUCAAACAGCUCUUACACUAAAAAGGGCAUUAUCAUCGUUUUCACAGUAUUAUUCCAGCCUCAUAAUGUGGAAAUAUAUAUAAAACACAAGAAAAUUACAUUUUUGACUGCACUGGGUCUUUAACAAUAUCUUUCAUAAGCUUGUUAUGGUGAAACAGGUUAAGUAGCAAGAAGUAGAGGAUAUUCCAGAGCAUUCUGUUCUCCUCUUGCAUUUAAUUAAAUGUUCCAUAAAUGUUUUACAUUUAUGUUCAAUAUCAACUAGUUACUAUAUUUUUGUGGGCAAGAUUAAUUUAGCUCCUGCAUCAGUGCAACAUUUGGGACUAUUUUUCAAGGAAUAUAAGGCAAAAGGAAAGAGACUACAAAGAGGAACAUGAAAUGCUUGGGAAGUCGGUAGCCACUGUGCUUUAGUAACAACUGUGUUCACUCCCUCGGCCAACUGUCUUUUCCAGGGCUUGUGGGUAACAGCAGACUAGCCGAGGCCCAGGGAGAUGCUCUGGUCGACACCCUCAACGACUUCACCCUCUUAAUCCCAUGGAGAGAGGACGACCCACAGAUCAAAGUAGGAAAGGCACAGAGGCCCAAUCCCAAAUGGACACCUGCAGUGCGUUCGGAAAGUAUUCAGACCCCGUGAAUUUUUCAACAUUUUGUUACGUUACAGCCUUAUUCUAAAAUUGAUUACAUUGUUUUUUCCCCCUCAUCAAUCUACACACAAUACCCCAUAAUGGCAAAGAAAAAACAGGUUUUUAGAAAUUGUUGCUUAUUUAUAUAAAAAUAUAAAAAACUGAAAUAUCACAUUUACAUAUGUAUUUCAGACCCUUUACUCAAUACUUUGUUGAAGCACUUUUGGCAGCGAUUACAGCCUCAAGUGAUCUUGGGUAUGACGCUACAAGCUUGGCACACCUGUAUUUGGGGAGUUUCUCCCAUUCUUCUCUGCAGAUCCUCUCAAGCUCUUUCAGGUUGGAUGGGGAGCGUCGCUGCACAGCUAUUUUCAGGUCCCUCCAGAGAUGUUCGAUCAGGUUCAUGUCCGGGCUCUGGCUGGGCCACUCAAGGACAUUCAGGGACUUGUCCCGAAGCCACUCCUGUGUUGUCUUGGCUGUGUGUUAGAGUCAUUGUCCUGUUGGAAGGUGAACCUUCGCCCCAGUCUGAGGUCCUGAGCGCUCUGGCGCAAGUUUACAUCAAGGAUAUCUCUGUACUUUGCUCCAUUCAUCUUUCCCUCGAUCCUGAAUAGUCUCCCAGUCCCUGCCGCUGAAAAACAUCCCCACAGCAUGAAGCUGCCACCACCAUGCUUCACUGUAGGGAUGGUGCUAGGUUUCCUCAGAUGUACCUUCAUCCAGAGUCAUCUGUUUACAUAUAAAUAAAUGCCAUUUAGCAGACGCUUUAUCAAAGGACCGUGCGCAUACAUUUUUGGUAUGUUCAUCGACCACUCUUGGAGUUAAAGCGCCGUGCUUAUCAGAGGACCCAGAAUAGACCAGAGAAUCUUGUUUCUCAUGGUCUGAAGUCCUUUAGGUGCCUUCUGGCAUCCUCCAAGGCGGCUGUUCAUGUGCCAUUUACUGAAGAGUGGCUUCCGUCUGGCCACUUUACCAUAAAGGCUGAAUGGGUGGAGUGCUGCAGAGAUGGUUGUCCUUCUUGAACGGUUCUCCCAUCUCCACAGAGGAACUCUGAAGCUGUGUUAGUGACCAUCAGGUUCUUGGUCACCUCCCUGACCAAGGCCCUUCUCCCCCCGAUUGCUCAGUUUGGCCGGUUGGCCAGCUCUAGGAAGAGUCUUGGUGGUUCCAAACUCCUUUCAUUUAAGAAUGAUGGAGGCCACUGUGUUCUUGGGCACCUUCAAUGCUGCAGACAUUUUUUGGUACCCUUCCCCAGAUCUGUGCCUCAACACAAUCUUGUAUCGGCGCUCUACAGACAAUUCCUUAGAGCUCAUGGCUUGGUUUUUGCUCUGACAUGCACUGUCAACUGAGGGACCUAAUAUAGACAGGUGUGUGCCUUUCCAAAUCAUGUCCAAUCAAUUGAAUUUACCCCAGGUGGACUCCAAUCAAGUUGUAGAAACAUCAAGGAUGAUCAAUGGAAACAGGAUGCACCUGAGCUCAAUUUCGAGUCUCAUAGCAAAGGGUCUGAAUAGUUAUGUAAAUAAGGUAUUUUACAUUUUAGUCAUUUAGCAGACGCUCUUAUCCAGAGCGACUUACAGUUAGUGAGUGCAUACAUUUUUCAUACUGGCCCCCCGUGGGAAUCGAACCGACAACCCUGGCGUUGCAAGCUCCAUGCUCUACCAAAUGAGCUACACGGGAGGCUAAAAAUAUAAAAUUUGCUAACAUUUCUAAAAAUCUGUUUUUGCUUUGUCAUUAUGGGGUAUAGUGUGUAGAUUGAUGAGGAAAAUGUUUUUAUUCAAUCCAUUUUAAAAUAUGGCUGUAAAGUAACAAAAUGUGGAAAAAGUCAAGGGGUCUGAAUACUUUCCGAAUGCACUGUAUACCCUAAUAUGCCCUACGCAGUUAUGAAAAUCUGAGAAGAUUUGAUAUGCGGAAUCCUCCACCUGGUCCUAGCCUAUCAGAGGGCUAGGUGGAGCUAUUAGCAUAUUGAUGGCACCUGUCAAAUUCUCCCAGAUCUCAACAAGUGCAUAGGGCGUAGUCUAGGGGUCCAUUUAGUAUUGGACCAGAGGUGUGUUCAUUAAGUGUUUGACAAUGCCUUGACAAUCAUUCAUAACAUAAGUGUCCAGUGUCCUAGACACAGAUUACGACUACUCCUGGAAUAAAUGGCAUUCUCAAAGGAGAAUCUCCAUUGUGUUUUUUUACCCCCAGGACUGACUUUUUUUUGUCAGGGAAACCCAUCCCAAGAAAUCAAGUCAUGAAUAGUGACUUUAGUUUAACCCACAGGGGGGGCUCACCCUCUGCAUGGGUCACGGUGCUGUGCUCAUCUGAGUGAGAACCCUGUUUUGUUCUGCAGACACAGAAGAUUGACAUGCUUUUCCAAAGCCAUGCCCCCAAGUUACUGGACCAUCUCCAGUGUCAGUUGGGAGACAGGGAGUGGUUAGUGGGCGAUUCGGUAAGUUGAAAGGAGGGGGGCUCUCCACUCUAAUUCAGUCCCAUAAUUUUGGCCUAUGACAUCAGUUUGUUAACAUGACUCAUGAGACAUCUAGAUAGUGGGAGAAGCUAUAGGAUGACGGGCUUAUUGUAAUGGCAUCAAUGGAACAGAGUUAUUCCCAUGUGUUGGAUGUUUGGUACCAUUCCAUUGAUUCCAUUCCAGCCAUUACAAUGAACCCGUCCUCCUAUAGCUCCUUCCACGAGCAGGUGUCCACAUACUUUUUAUAUAUAUAUAUAUAUAUAUACAUACAUACAUACAUACAUACAUACAUACAUACACACACAUACAUACAUACAGUUGAAGUCGGAAGUUUACAUACACCUUAGCCAAAUACAUUUAAACUCAGUUUUUCACAAUUCCUGACAUUUAAUCCUUGUAGAAAUUCCCUGUCUUAGGUCAGUUAUGAUCACCACUUUAUUUUAAGAAUGUGAAAUGUCAGAAUAAUAGUAGAGAGAAUGAGUUAUUUCAGCUUUUAUUUCUUUCAUCACAUUCCCAGUGGGUCAGAAGUUUACAUACACUCAAUUAGUAUUUGGUAGCAUUGCCUUUAAAUUGUUUAACUUGGGUCAAACGUUUUGGGUAGCCUUCCACAAUAAGUUGGGUGAAUUUUGGCCCAUUCCUCCUGACAGAGCUGGUGUAACUGAGUCAGGUUUGUAGGCCUCCUUGCUCGCAAAUGCUUUUACAGUUCUGCCCACAAAUUUCUAUAGGAUUGAGGUCAGGGCUUUGUGAUGGCCACUCCAAUACCUUGACUUGGUUGUCCUUAAGCCAUUUUGCCACAACUUUGGAAGUAUGCUUGGGGUCAUUGUCCAUUUGGAAGACCCAUUUGCAACCAAGCUUUAACUUCCUGACUGAUGUCUUGAGAUGUUGCUUCAAUAUAUCCACAUAAUUUUCCUUCCUCAUGAUGCCAUCUAUUUUGUGAAGUGCACGUCUCUCCUGCAGCAAAGCACCCCCACAGAAUGAUGGUGCCACCCCAGUGCUUCACGGUUGGGAUGGUGUUCUUCGGCUCGCAAGCCUUCCCCUUUUUCCUCCAAACAUAAUUAUGGUCGUUAUGGCCAAACAGUUCUAUUUUUGUUUCAUCAGACCAGAGGACAUUUCUUCAAAAAGUACAAUCUUUGUCCCCAUGUGCAGUUGCAAAUCGUAGUCUGGCUUUUUUAUGGCAGUUUUGGAGCAGUGGCUUCUUCCUUGCUGAGCGGCCUUUCAGGUUAUGUCGAUAUAGGACUCGUUUUGCUGUUUCCUCCAGCAUCUUCACAAGGUCCUUUGCUGUUGUUCUGGGAUUGAUUUGCACAUUUCACACCAAAGUAUGUUAAUCUCUAGGAGAAUGAAUGCGUCUCCUUCCUGAGCGGUAUGAUGGCUGCGUGGUCCCAUGGUUUUUAUACUUGCGUACCAUUGUUUGUACAGAUGAACGUGGUACCGUCAGCCAUUUGGAAAUUUCUCCCAAGGAUGAACCAGACUUGUGGAGGUCUACAAUUUGUUUUCUGAGGUCUUGGCUGAUUUCUUUUGAUUUUCCUAUGAUGUCAAGCAAAGAGGCACUGAGUUUGAAGGUAGGCCUUGAAAUACAUCCACAGGUACACCUCCAAUUGACUCAAAUGAUGUCAAUUAGCCUAUCAGAAGCUUCUAAAGCCAUGACAUUCUUUUCUGGAAUUUUCCAAACUGUUUACAGGCACAGUCAACUUAGUGUAUGUAAACUUCUGACCCACUGGAAUUGUGAUACAGUGAAUUAUAAGGGAAAUAAUCUGUCUAAACAAUUGUUGGAAAAAUUACUUGUGUAAUGCACAAAGUAAAUGUCCUAACCGACUUGCCAAAACUAUAGUUUGUUAACAAGACAUUUGUGGAGUGGUUGAAAAACGAGUUUUAAUGACUCCAACCUAAGUGUAUGUAAACUUCCGACUUCAGCGGAACAUAUAUACACAUUACCAUUCAAAAGUUUGGGGUCACUUAGAAAUGUCCUUGUUUUCGAAAGAAAUUCAAUUUUUUUGUCCAUUAAAACAUCAUCAAAUUGAUCAGAAAUACAGUGUAGACAUUGUUAAUGUUGUAAAUGGCUAUUUUAGCUGGAAACGGCCGAUUUUUAAUGGAAUAUCUACAUAGGUGUACAGAGGCUCAUUAUCAGCAACCAUCAGUCCUGUGUUCCAAUGGCACGUUGUGUUUGCUAAUCCAAGUUUAUCAUUUUAAAAGGCUAAUUGAUCAUUGGAAAACCCUUUUGCAGUUAUGUUAGCACAGCUGAAAACUGUUGUGCUGAUUAAAGAAGCAAUAAAACUGGCCUUCUUGAGACUAGUAGAGUAUUUGGAGCAUCAGCAAUUGUGUGUUUGAUUACAGGCUGAAAAUGGCCAGAAACAAAUAACUUUCUUCUGAAACUUGUCAGUCUAUUCUUGUUCUGAGAAAUGAAGGCUAUUCCAUGCGAGAAAUUGCCAAGAAACUGAAGAACUCGUACAACGCUGUGUACUACUCCCUUCACAGAACAGCGCAAACUGACUCUAAACAGAAUAGAAAGAGGAGUGGGAGGCCCCGGUGCACAACUGAGCAAGAGGACAAAUACAUUAGAGUGUCUAGUUUGAGAAUCAGACGACUCACAGGUCCUCAACUGGAAGCUUCAUUAAAUAGUACCCGCAAUUUUUUAUUUUAUUUUUUAUUUAAUUUCACCUUUAUUUAACCAAGUAAGCCAGUUGAGAACAAGUUCUCAUUUACAACUGCGACCUGGCCAAGAUAAAGCAAAGCAGUGCGUUAAAAACAACACAGAGUUACAUAUAGGGUAAACAAAACAAAGUAAAAAAUACAACAGAAAAUAAAUAUACAGUGUGUGCAAAUGUAGUAAGUUAUGGAGGUAAGGCAAUAAAUAGGCCAUAGUGCAAAAUAGUUACAAUUUCGUAUUAACACUGGAAUGAUAGCAAAAGAUGAUGUGCAAAUAGAGAUACUGGGGUGCAACUUAGCAAAAUAAAUAACAAUAUGGGGAUGAGGUAGUUGGGUGGGCUAAUUUCAGAAUGGCUGUGUACAGGUGCAGUGAUCGGUAAGGUGCUCUGACAACUGACGCUUAAAGUUAGUGAGGGAGAUAAGAGUCUCCAGCUUCAGAGAUUUUUGCAGUUUGUUCCAGUCAAACACACCAGUCUCAACGUCAACAGUGAAGAGGUGACUCUGGUAUGCUGAGCUUCUAGGCAGAGUUGCAAAGAAAAAGCCAUAUCGCAGACUGGCCAAUAAAAAGAAAAGAUUAAGAUGAGCAGUCUGAGAUAUGGCUUUUUCUUUGCAACUCUGCCUAGAAGCUCAGCAUCCCGGAGUCGCCUCUUCACUGUUGACGUUGAGACUGGUGUAUUGCGGGUACUAUUUAAUGAAGCUGCCAGUUGAGGACCUGUGAGGCGCCUGUUUCUCAAACUAGACACUAAUGUAUUUGUGCUCUUGCUCAGUUGUGUACCGGGGCCAGCGUUGUAUGAGAUCUUCAGUUUCUUGGCAAUUUCUCGCACGGAAUAGCCUUCAUUUCUCAGAACAAGAAUAGACUGACGAGUUUCAGAAGAAAGUUAUUUGUUUCUGGCCAUUUUGAGCCUGUAAUCGAACCCACAAUUGCUGAUGCUCCAGAUACUCAACUAGUCUCAAGAAGGCCAGUUUUAUUGCUUCUUUAAUCAGCACAACAGUUUUCAGCUGUGCUAACAUAAUUGCAAAAGGGUUUUCUAAUGAUCAAUUAGCCUUUUAAAAUGAUAAACUUGGAUUAGCAAACACAACGUGACAUUGAAAUACAUGACUGAUGGUUGCUGAUAAUGGGCCUCUGUACGCCUAUGUAGAUAUUCCAUUAAAAAUCAGCCGUUUCCAGCUACAAUAGCCAUUUACAACAUUAACAAUGUCUACACUGUAUUUCUGAUCAAUUUGAUGUUAUUUUAAUGGACAAAGAAAUUGCUUUUCUUUCAAAAACAGUGACCCCAAACUUUUGAACGGUAGUGUACAUACAUACAUACAUACAGUGAGGGAAAAAAAGUAUUUGAUCCCCUGCUGAUUUUGUACGUUUGCCCACUGACAAAGAAAUGAUCAGUCUAUAAUUUUAAUGGUAGGUUUAUUUGAACAGUGACAGACAGAAUAACAAAAACAUCCAGAAAAAUGCAUGUCAAAAAUGUUAUAAAAUGAUUUGCAUUUUAAAUGAGGGUAAUAAGUAUUUGACCCCCUCUCAAUCAGAAAGAUUUCUGGCUCCCAGGUGUCUUUCAUACAGGUAACGAGCUGAGAUUAGGAGCACACUCUUAAAGGGCGUCAGGUAGCUUAGUGGUUAAGAGCGUAGUGCCAGUAGCCGAAAGGUCGCUGGUUCUAAUCCCUGAGCCGACUAGGUGAGAAAUCUGUCUGUGCCCUUGAGCAAGGCACCUGCUAAAUGACUAAAAUGUAAAUGUAUAGAAGACACCUGUCCACAGAAGCAAUCAAUCAAUCAGAUUCCAAACUCUCCACCAUGGCCAAGACCAAAGAGCUCUCCAAGGAUGUCAGGGACAAGAUUGUAGACCUACACAAGGCUGGAAUGGGCUACAAGACCAUCGCCAAGCAGCUUGGUGAGAAGGUGACAACAGUUGGUGCGAUUAUUCGCAAAUGAAAGAAACACAAAAUAACUGUCAAUCUCCCUCGGCCUGGAGCUCUAUGCAAGAUCUCACCUCGUGGAGUUGCAAUGAUCAUGGGAACGGUGAGGAAUCAGCCCAGACCUACACGGGAGGAUCUUGUCAAUGAUCUCAAAGCAGCUGGGACCAUAGUCACCAAGAAAACAAUUGGUAACACACUACGCCGUGAAGGAGUGAAAUCCUGCAGCGCCCGCAAGGUCCCCCUGCUCAAGAAAGCACAUAUACAGGCCCGUCUGAAGUUUGCCAAUGAACAUCUGAAUGAUUCAGAGGAGAACUGGGUGAAAGUGUUGUGGUCAGAUGAGACCAAAAUCAAGCUCUUUGGCAUCAACUCAACUCGCCAUGUUUGGAGGAGGAGGAAUGCUGCCUAUGACCCCAAGAACACCAUCCCCACCGUCAAACAUGGAGGUGGAAACAUUAUGCUUAUGAGUGGGACAAAAUCCUUCCUGAGAUGUGUGCAAACCUGGUGGCCAACUACAAGAAACGUCUGACCUCUGAUUGCCAACAAGGGUUUUGCCACCAAGUACUAAGUCAUGUUUUGCAGAGGGGUCAAAUACUUAUUUCCCUCAUUAAAAUGCAAAUCAAUUUCUAACAUUUUUGACAUGCGUUUUUCUGGAUUUUUUUGAUGUUAUUAUGUCUCUCACUGUUCAAAUAAACCUACCAUUAAAAUGAUAGACUGAUCAUGUCUUUGUCAGUGGGCAAACGUACUAAAUCAGCAGGGGAUCAAAUACUUUUUUCCCUCACUGUACAUACAUACAUACACACACUGACAGAGUGUGACCGGCAGAGAGUGACAGACAGACCGACAGGCAGUGACAGACAGACCGACAGGCAGUGACAGACAGACCGACAGGCAGUGACAGACAGACCGACAGGCAGUGACCAACAGGCAGUGACCGACAGAGAGUGACCGACAGACCGACAGAGAGUGACCGACAGCCCGACAGAGAGUGACCGACAGAGAGUGACCGACAGAGAGUGACCGACCGACAGACCGACCGACAGUGACCGACAGACCGACCGACAGAGAGUGACCGACAGACCGACUGACAGAGAGUGACCGACAGACCGACCGACAGAGAGUGACCGACAGACCGACCGACAGAGAGUGACCGACAGAGAGUGACCGACAGAGUGACACAGACCGACAGACAGAGAGUGACCGACAGACAGAGAGUGACCGACAGACAGAGAGUGACCGACAGACAGAGAGUGACCGACAGACCGACCGACAGAGAGUGACACAGAUCGACCGACAGAGAGUGACACAGACCGACCGACAGAGAGUGCCACAGACCGACAGACAGUGACCGACAGCGAGUGACCGACAGGCCGACAGCGAGUGACCGACAGGCCGACAGAGAGUGACAGACAGGCCGACAGAGAGUGACAGACAGGCCGACAGAGAGUGGCACAGACCGACAGACAGAGAGUGACAGACCGACCGACCGACAGAGAGUGACAGACAGACCGACAGAGAGUGCCACAGACCGACAGACAGUGACCGAGAGGUCGACAGAGUGACAGACCGGCCGACAGAGUGACAGACCGGCCGACAGAGUGACAGACCGGCCGACAGAGUGACAGACCGGCCGACAGAGUGACAGACCAACCGACAGAGAGUGACCGACAAACCGACAGUGUGACCGACAGAGAGUGACACAGACCGACAGACAGAGUGACCGACAUUGACCGACGUAGUGACCGACAGGCCAACAUACAGACAGUGACAGACCGAUCGACAGUGACAGACCGCCAGAGUGAACGACAAACUAACACAGAGUGACAGACAGAUCGACAGAGUGACAGACAGAUCUACGGAGUGACACACAGACCGACAGAGAGUGACCGACAGACAAACCGACAGAGACACACAGACCGACAGUGAUAGACAGACCGCCAAAAAGUGACCAACAAACCAUCAGACCGUGACAGACCGACAGACAAACCAACAGAGAGUGAGACAGAACAACAGACAGUGAUAGACAGACAGACCAACCGACAGAGAGUGACCGACAAGCCGACAGACGACAGAGAGUGACAGACAAACCGACAGUGUGACCGACAGAGUGACCGACAGACCGACAGUGUUACCGACACAGACAGACCGACAGAGAGUGACAGACAGACCGCCAAAAAGUGACCGACAAACCAACAGACCGUGACAGACCGACAGACAGAGUGACACAGACCGACAGAUCGACAGAGAGUGACCGACAAACCGACAGACAAACCGACAGUGUGACCGACAGAGUGACAGACAGUGACAGACAGACCGACAGAGAGUGAACGACAGAGAGUGCCAGACAGACUGACUGAGAGUGACACAGACCGACAGACAGUGACCGACAUUGACGGACAGAGUGACGGAGUGACCGACAGGCCAACAUACAGACAGUGACGGACUGACCGACAGUGACAGACAGACCACCAGAGUGACCGACAAACCAACAGAGAGUGACAGACAGACCGACAGAGUGCCAGACCGACAGAGAGUGAACGACAGAGAGUGCCAGACAGACUGACAGAGAGUGAAACAGACCGACAGACAGAGUGACUGACAUGGACCGACAUAGUGACCGACAGAGUGACCGACAAACCAACAGAGAGUGACAGACCGACAGAGAGUGACAGACAGACCGCCAGAGUGACCGACAAACCAACAGAGACAGACAGAUCUACGGGAGUGACACAGACUGACAGAGAGUGACCAACAAACAAACCGACAGAGAGACAGACAGACCGACAGUGUGACCGACACAUCUACGGAGUGACCAACAGACAGACCGACAUACAGACAGUGACAGACCAACCGACAAACCAACAGACUGUGACAGACCGACAGACAGACCGACAGUGACAGACCGACAGAGAGUGACCGACAAGCCGACAGACAGUGACAGGCACAACAGGGAGGUAACAGAGGCACAACAGGGAGGUAACAGAGGCACAACAGGGAGGUAACAGAGGCACAACAGGGAGGUAACAGAGGCCCAGUUACAGUGGUAAGUUGUAUCUCCAGUCGUGCUUGUAUUCAUCUUAAACAUGAGCUGGUUAAAAAGAGAGGACUAUGUUUAAUCGGUUACUGGUACAGUAAAAGUUGAGAAACGCUGUACUAUAGUGUACUGGAGAGUGUGGGAGUGCACGAGCUGUGAUGUGGGUUGGCGUGGCUAAAAUGCCAGGGCUGAACUUGUCCCAGUCUGCCUGUGUAGAUCUGAAAUAAUUGGAUGGUGAAACUGGCCAGCCAAGUAGAAAAGCUAGGUGAAGCAAUUGCGGGCAUUCUAGAAAGUCAGGACAAUCCUUGUCCUGCAAAGAAACAUUUAUUGUUUUAUGGAUUUUGCCAGCAGUAGGCAUUUAUACUGAAGAAAUAUAUAAAUGCAACAUGCAAAAAUGUCAAUGAUUUUACAGCGUUACAAUUCAUAUAAGGAAAUCAGUCAAUUAAAAUAAAUAAAUUAGGCCCUCAUCAAUGGAUUUCACAUGACUGGGCAGGGGUGCAGCCACUAGGGGAGCCAGGCCCAGCCAAUCAGAAUGAGUUUUUCCCCACAAAAGGGCUUUAAUACAGACAGAAAUACUCCUCAGUUUUAGCAGCUGUCCAGGUGGCUGGUCUCAGACGAUCCCGCAGGUAAAGAAGCCAGAUGUGGAGGUCCUGGGUUGGCGUGGUUACACGUGGUCUGCAGUUGUGACACCUGUUGGACGUACUGCCAAAUUCUCUAAAAAGACGUUGGAGGCGGCUUAAGGUAGAUAAGUAAACAUUCUCUGGCAACAGUUCUGGUGGACAUUGCUGCAGUUAGCGUGCCAAUUGCACGCUCCCUCAAAACUUGAGACCAUCUGUGGCAUUGUGUUGUGACAAAACUGCACAUUUUAGAGUGGCCAUUUGUCCCCAGCAAAAGGUGCACCUGUGUAAUGAUCAUGCUGUUUAAUCAGCUUCUUGAUAUGCCACACGGGUCAGGUGGAUGGAUUAUCUUGGCAAAGGAGAAAUACUAACAGGGAUGUAAACAAAUGUGUGCACAGAAUUUGAGAGAAAUAAGCUUUUUGUGCGUCUGGAAAGUUUUUGGGAUCUGCAUUUCAGCGGAUGAAAAAUGGGACCAACGCUUUACAUGUUGCUUAAUAUAUUUUUGUUCAGUAUAGAAUUAAAAUGUGGAGUGGAGCUUAUAGUUACGGGAUUACAUUACGUACAUUGCAUACCUUCAAAAGUAUUCAGCAAUCAUUUAUUCGAAAAAGUUUCCAUAAUUUGUUUAAAUAAAAUAAAAAUCCACCUGUUGAACGGACAACAGUUUCAAUAUUUAGAAAAUGUCAAUAACAUCUUCCGUUUCCAUUACCUCACAAAAAAUGUUUCAUACGACAUUGCUUUUGUAGAAUAAACCUGGGUCAAUGGAAACCUGCCAAUUGUCCUGUUUGACAUGACAAGGAGUUGACAGGAUAGCAUAAACAGAUCUGAGACCAGGCCAAGUCAGUUUCUCUAACUGCCCCGCUCAAUGUAGCCACCAUAGUCUGACAUACCUUACCUUGUUCUGUCUGGUGCAGGAGACUUGGGCUGAUCUGUACUGCCAUGUGUGCUUCACCACCUUCAAUGUGCUGAGACCAGGCUUUGCUGAUCACCAUCCUGCCCUGUGUGGUCUGACUGAUCGGGUGGAGGCCAUCCCAAACGUCGCCAAGUGGAUCCAGAGCAGACCUACAACAGAGUUCUAAAACCUGGGCCCUGUUCAGUAGGGACGAAACAGGAGGAAAAUGUUCUGAAACUGAGAAUUUGUCCAAUAUGAAUUCUCAUUUAAUGUUUUUCAGUUCCAAAACAUGUCCCCUUUUUAUGCUUACUGAACACGAACCACAACUUACCCAGCGAUGAGGAAUGGGGAUGUGUAUGCAAAAAGUACUGAUGGGUAUGAGGCAUAAGAAACUGAACAAUUAACAACCACUAGAACAGAAGUUGG